UUUCUGUUUCAACUUUGCCAGCCAGGUGCAGUGUCAGUUCCAGUUGCCCCGUGUUCAAACUUCGCCUACGAUGUGGUCCACCCGCCUGCUUUGUGUGUUCGGCUGCCUUGCGCUGGCCCUGAGCACUGCUCGUGCUCAGUUCUUCUAUCAUCAAGCGCUGGGACUGCCAGCCAAAGCAGCCUAUGAGCCAGAAUCGCCGUACACAGGUUAUGCCACAGCAGACGCGCAUCCCUCGGUGGUGAAAAACGCACAGUGGGAGUCGCAGCUUCCUCACGAACUAUCCAAGAGCGCCCGAUUCUACGAUGACCCGGUCAUUGCGGCCAACCUGGCGAAGGAGUCCUUGCUCACCCGCAAGGAAAUGGCAGUUGUCCAUCGCGAGGCAGAAAAGAUUCCUCGCGAACAGGUCUACAAGCUCUUCAAGAACGCGGGCUAUCUGAGUCGCAGAUAGAUGGGAAAACCAUUUCCGUAGCUCAUGUGCCUUGUUGUAUUCUAGUUUGUACUUUGUUGCUUAUGUGUACUAUAUAAUUUGAUAUUUGUCAAUGUAAUCAACAACUCCUCAACUCAUCGUCCCCUUCGACAACUUUUAUUUUGACUUAAUAAACAUUGUCCUUGACUUUGAAAUAAUAUAUUUCUAAUUGGACAAGACAGUUUUGAUGGAUGCAUAAUUUUAUAAAUUUAUGUCUAUUAAAAAUAACUAAGAUAACGA